AUGGCUCCGGCAAGCAAGAGGAGCAACAGCUCCCUGCCGAAAGCGACAAAGACCAAGAUUAACAUGGUUUCCACCGCAGGCUACGCCGAAGACAAGUCCAAGGGACCUAUGCUUCGAUUCCAAGAGUCGCUCCCUCGCCUCCCCGUGCCGACACUCGAGGAGACCGCCGCGCGGUACCUCAAGACGCUCAACCCUUUGCUCUCCCCUACGGAGCUAGCAUCUAGCAAGAAGGCGGUUGAGGACUUCAUCAAGCCCGGCGGUGUCGGUCGCAAGCUGCAGGACAAACUUAUCGCAAAACGCGAGGACCCCAAGACCAAGAACUGGAUAUACGAGUGGUGGAACGACGCCGCAUACCUGUCCUACCGCGACCCCGUGGUCCCUUACGUCUCCUACUUCUAUUCACAUCGCGAUGACCGCAGGCGGCGUGACCCGGCCAAGCGUGCGGCCGCCAUUACUACCUCGGCGCUCGAGUUCAAGAAGCAAGUUGACGAGGGCACACUAGAGCCCGAGUACAUGAAGAAGCUGCCCAUUUGCAUGGACAGUUACAAGUGGAUGUUCAACGCCAGCCGAGUCCCGGCGCGGCCCGCCGACUAUCCCGUGAAGUACGACCCCAAGGCGCACAAGCACAUUCUCGUCAUCCGCAAAAACCAGUUCUUCAAGGUCGCCCACGAGGUCGACGGCCGCCAGCUCAACACCACCGAGCUGGAGGCGCAGUUCCGCCGCGUGUAUGAGCUUGCGCAGCGUGCGCCCCCUGUCGGUGCCCUGACCACAGAGAACCGUGACGUCUGGACCGAUGCCCGCGAGGUUCUCCUGAAGGCGCACCCCGGUAACAAGGCCGCUCUCGAGACCAUUGAGUCCGCGUCCUUCGUCGUCUGUCUCGACGAUGCCGCCCCGGUCACGCUCGAGGAGCGUGCGCACCAGUACUGGCAUGGUGACGGUCAGAACCGGUGGUUUGACAAACCGCUGCAGUUCAUCGUCAACGACAAUGGCACCUCUGGCUUCAUGGGCGAGCACAGCAUGAUGGACGGCACGCCGACGCACCGUCUGAACGACUACGUCAACGACGUCAUCUUCAACAACAAGCUUGACUUCUCCGACCCCAGCGUGCGCUCUAAUCUGCCCGAGCCCGUCGCGGUCAACUUCCACAUUACUCCCGAGGUCCAGGCAGAGCUCGACCGCGCCGUCAAGGACUUCAACGACGUCAUUGGGCAGCACGAGCUGGCCGUGCAGGCGUACCAGGGCUACGGCAAGGGCCUGAUCAAGAAGUUCCGGUGCAGCCCGGACGCGUACACGCAAAUGAUCAUCCAGCUGGCGUACUACAAGAUGUACGGCAAGAACCGGCCGACGUACGAGUCGGCGGCGACGCGGCGCUUCCAGCUGGGGCGCACCGAGACGUGCCGGUCCGUGUCGGACGCCAGCGUGGCGUGGUGCAACGCCAUGGCCGACCCGACGCUCGACGACCCGAAGCGCGUCGAGCUGUUCCGCGCCGCCAUCGACAGCCACCUCGAGUACAUCAGCGCCGCGUCCGACGGCAAGGGCGUCGACCGCCACCUGUUCGGCCUCAAGAAGCUGCUCGAGCCCGGCGAGGAGGUCCCCGCCCUCUACAAGGACCCGGCCUACGGCUACUCCAGCAGCUGGUUCCUCAGCACCAGCCAGCUGAGCUCCGAGUUCUUCAACGGCUACGGCUGGAGCCAGGUCAUCGACGCCGGCUUCGGCAUUGCGUACAUGAUCAACGAGAACAGCAUCAACUUCAACAUCGUGUCCAAGGGCCUCGGCAGCAAGAAGAUGAGCUACUACCUCAACGAGGCCGCCGGUGACAUCCGCGAACUGAUGCUGCCCACCCUCGAGGCUCCCAAGGCGAAGCUGUAA